GUUGUCCUGGGAUUUCUUACGGGACUCUACCUGAGUAUCAAGAAAAUCGGACUCGCCAUGUCUCGCCCCUCAUCCAUCUCACAGCGUCCUCUGACGCUCACGGAGGAAUUGGAGAAACUGGAACAAUCAAUCACACUGACGCUUCAAGAAAUCGAUCACAAUUUUAGCCAGGCCCAUCGCAUCGUCACGACGAGCAUUCUACCAGUCGUCGAACAAUAUGCCGAGAGUUCGAGAGAUGUCUGGGAGGGCGCCAAAUUCUGGAAACAAUUCUUCGAAGCCAGUGCCAACGUCUCCCUAUCCGGCUACGAAGAGCGCCCCAACGAAGACGACUCGAUGCGCGACCAGACCGUCACAGAAGACGACGAAUCGGCCAACGUGACCCAGACAACCGAGCACACAUCCUACGAGGGGGCCUCGUCGGAACAACUAGACGCUCACCACCGCGGAGACGACCUGGAUCUGACAGCACUCAGCCUGUCAUCGCACAGCACCCCCCGCCACCCCCAACAGGAGAGACUAUCCCACGACAACGACACAACGGUCACCUCGUCGAUCGCGCGCCCCUCUCCCUACGAAACACUGAAGCACGAAGUCGACGACUUCGACUCGCCACUCCCGCCCUCGCGCCAAUACGGCGCAGAAGAAGAAUACGACCUCGACCACGACGACCUCCCCACCACCCCCGGGAGGGGCCCACCGCGGUACGGCGGCCCCUCCGACACGCCCACGAUGUCCUCCUCGCCCUUCGUGCCGCCCGUCUCGCACGACGCCCACAAGUCCUCUGACCCCGUCAUGCACCGCCUCCAGGACAAGACCUACCGCGUGCAGGCCACGCCCAUCGGGAAGUCCUACGGCAACAGGCCCAAGUUCACCGUCACCCCGAAACAAACAACAUCAUCAUCAUCCCGCUUCAACUUCGACUCCCCGCUCUCCAGCCCCGAGCUCGAAGCCCCACAGCUCAACGCAGAGAUCUUCUCCCCCGUUAAAGGCGACCCCGAGACCCCGAACAUCAGCCGCAAGCGUCGUCCCAGCGGGCCUCGCUCGCGCACCACCCCCAAACCGGGUAUCAGCGUCUUGACCCCAGCCAAGGGCAAGAAACCCGUCUGGGACAGCGACGAUGAUUUCGACGACGAUGAUAUGGACUUUGUGGGUGGACCGAGUCCGCCCAAGACGAUGCAGUUCCAUAUUCCGCAGAGCCGAUUGAUGAAGACACCUGCCAAAGAAGCCUCCAAACGGAUCGUCGAAGACCUCCUCUUCACAGCCGGCGCAAACGACACCACAGAUGACCUCCCCGAGGACCACAGUCCGAGCGUGAUCCGACGGGCGGAGCGACUGGAGGAUGAGACUUUCUAAUCCAUAUGCCGGGUCUAGGCAAUCCUUCUCAUUCAUCAAUAUCCCAAUGUCGACCUUUAUCUAC